AUGCCCUCAGCUUCCGGUAGCAAGCCAAAUCGCACGCGCAAGUCAUCCUCCAUCACAGGUCGCUCCUCAACGGCUCUCCAGAAGACCGAGAUCAUCAUCAACGUAUACGAUCUACUUCCAUCGGGUAGACUCUCAUCGAUCCUCUGGACAAUAGGCGGUAGCCUCCUCCACAGCGGAGUUGUCAUAAACAACAAGGAAUACGCAUAUGGCGGGCAUAACAAACGAGGCGUAACGGGAGUGUACUGGACUAAACCACGCUAUGAACCACCGGGAGGAACCUUUCGUGUUGACAUUCUCCAAGGCUUCACAUUCCACACAGAACGUGAGAUCAACGACAUCAUAAGAGAAGUGUCUAAUGAGUUCCUGGGGCCUUCCUACAACCUCCUCACCCACAACUGUAACCACUUCACAUCCGUACUUUGCGAGAAGCUCACUUCGAAACCUGCACCUGCCUGGCUCAAUCGCGCGGCAAGCAUCGGCCUUGCGCUACCUUGCGUUGUUCCCAGAGAAUGGAUUUCACCUCCAGACCAUGACACUGCGGACGGAGAGCUACUAGAGGAGGAUGAGGAUGAGGAUGAGAAUGCAGGCAUGCUAGAAAGCGAUAGACGACGAAUGCGAGAAGAGGAGCGGAGGAGGCAGUACGAGCGAGAGCUGCAACGCGGAGAGGACAGCAGCGAAGGAAACAGCAUAGCAGGAGGGAAGCGCAUAACGUCAACAAACCACACUCCGCCUCCUCGAUUGGUCAGUCUGAAGGACAGCGAUGGGCAUACAUUACCUCCAGCAGAGCGAGCACCGAUACCCAAGAAGACAUGA